AUGACAAUACAGCAAGUCCUAUUACUUCUGCUGCUCUGGAUGUGGCUGCCACAUCCCUGCCAUACAGAAAUGCUCUUCACAAGGACUCCUGAUCUCAGACCCAAAAGCUUUGGAGGACGUGCUUUAGGGAAUGAUGGGAAAGCAAUUCACCGCCAGAAGCGAGGCUGGAUGUGGAAUCAGUUUUUUCUUUUAGAGGAAUACACAGGAUCUGAUUAUCAGUAUGUAGGCAAGCUUCAUUCUGACCAGGAUAAGGGAGAUGGUUCCCUCAAAUACAUUUUGUCAGGAGAUGGGGCUGGUACUCUUUUUAUAAUUGAUGAGAAAACAGGAGAUAUUCAUGCAACUCGGAGAAUUGACAGGGAAGAGAAAGCCUUCUAUACCCUGCGUGCCCAGGCUAUCAAUAGAAGAACUCUGAGACCAGUGGAACCUGAAUCUGAGUUUGUCAUCAAGAUCCAUGACAUUAAUGACAAUGAACCAACAUUUCCAGAAGAAAUUUACACUGCCAGUGUUCCUGAAAUGUCAGUAGUAGGUACUUCUGUGGUCCAAGUUACAGCUACUGAUGCUGAUGACCCUUCAUAUGGAAACAGUGCCAGAAUAAUUUACAGCAUACUUCAAGGGCAGCCAUAUUUCUCUGUGGAACCAGAAACAGGCAUCAUCAGGACUGCAUUGCCGAACAUGAACAGAGAAAACAGGGAGCAAUACCAAGUAGUUAUCCAGGCAAAGGACAUGGGAGGCCAGAUGGGUGGAUUAUCAGGGACCACCACCGUGAACAUCACUUUGACUGAUGUCAAUGACAAUCCACCUCGCUUUCCCCAGAGUACCAUCCAUCUCCGCAUUCCUGAGUCCUCCCCAGUUGGGACAGCCAUUGGCAGCGUUAAAGCCACAGAUGCAGACACUGGAAAAAAUGCAGAAGUAGAGUACAGAAUUAUAGAUGGCGAUGGGACCGAUAUGUUUGAUAUUGUGACACAGAAGGACACACAGGAAGGCAUCAUCACAGUGCGAAAGCCACUGGACUAUGAGACAAGACGACUUUAUACUUUGAAAGUAGAAGCUGAAAAUACCCAUGUGGAUCCCCGUUUCUAUUACCUCGGGCCUUUCAAAGACACAAUUAUUGUGAAAAUCUCUGUAGAAGAUGUAGAUGAACCUCCUGUUUUCAGCAGGUCUUCUUACCUUUUUGAGGUGCAUGAAGAUAUUGAGUUGGGGACAAUAAUAGGAACGGUAAUGGCACGGGAUCCUGAUUCUGCCUCAAGUCCAAUAAGGUUUUCUCUGGAUCGUCACACUGACCUUGACAGGAUAUUUAACAUUCAUUCUGGAAAUGGGUCCAUCUAUACUUCUAAGCCACUUGACCGUGAGAUAUCCCAAUGGCACAAUCUUAGUGUUAUAGCAGCUGAGAUUAACAAUCCCAAAGAUACUACUCGUGUUCCUGUCUAUGUAAGAAUUUUGGAUGUUAAUGACAAUGCCCCACAGUUUGCUGUAUUCUACGACACUUUUGUCUGUGAAAAUGCAAGAGCUGGACAGCUUAUUCAAACCAUAAGUGCAGUAGACAAAGAUGACCCUCUUGGUGGACAAAAAUUUUUCUUCAGCUUAGCUGCUGUUAACCCUAACUUCACUGUUCAGGAUAAUGAAGAUAACACUGCCAGGAUUUUGACGAGAAGGAAUGGCUUUAGUCGACAUGAAAUAAGUACUUACCUUCUCCCCGUGGUGAUAUCGGACAACGACUACCCGAUCCAGAGCAGCACGGGCACGCUGACCAUCCGGGUGUGUGCCUGUGACAGCCGGGGGAACAUGCAGUCCUGCAGUGCCGAGGCCUUGCUCCUCCCUGCCGGCCUCAGCACCGGGGCACUGGUGGCCAUUCUCCUCUGCAUCAUUAUCCUGCUAGUUAUAGUGGUGCUAUUUGCUGCUCUGAAGAGGCAACGAAAGAAGGAGCCUUUGAUCCUCUCUAAAGAGGACAUCAGAGACAACAUUGUGAGUUACAAUGACGAAGGCGGUGGAGAGGAGGACACCCAAGCCUUUGAUAUCGGCACACUGAGGAAUCCUGCAGCUAUUGAAGAUAAGAAGCUUCGACGAGACAUUAUCCCUGAAACGUUAUUUGUGCCACGGAGGACUCCUUCAGCACCAGACAACACGGAUGUUCGGGAUUUCAUUAACCAAAGGCUAAAAGAGCAUGACACCGAUCCCUCUGCGCCACCGUAUGACUCGCUUGCAACCUAUGCCUAUGAAGGAAACGAUUCCAUAGCUGAAUCCUUGAGCUCCUUGGAGUCAGGUACUACCGAAGGAGACCAAAACUAUGAUUACCUCCGAGAGUGGGGGCCUCGGUUUAAUAAGCUAGCUGAGAUGUACGGUGGAGGAGAAAGUGACAAAGACACUUCUUAACCUACAGUAGGCUACUUUUUUUUUUUCUUUUCCUUUGAGCGGAAGUAAUUUUACAGACACCUUCUGCACUCAACAGUAUUUAACAUUCACGAAAACUUUCCUGCCACUCAGCACAAUGGUUUCCUUUAAAAUUUGUUUUAAAUUUGUCCAUUAAUGUCAUUCAUUCUUUCUAGUAGGAUGCCACUUGGAAUAUAUACAGCAUUUUAUUUAAUCUACUUCCAAGAGCCAAAGCUAUGGAAAUUCAGUGUUGUACAUUUUAGUAAGUAAAAUUAAAAAUAUCUCACCUUCAGAAAUUUGAACAGGGUGAUAAUCCCUUAAGCAACCUCAUGUACAAACCGCUUCUGUUAGGUACAUGUCCUAUUCCUGCAAGUGCAGCUUUUCAGAU